CCCCUUCCGCCGCGACCGCCGUCUCCGCCGCCUCGAGCCAUCCACCACGGCGACCUAGCGACCGAGCAGGGCAGCGGCCACCCUCUUCGUCCCCACCAGCGUUCGCCGACGCUGUUCCGGCUGUCUCGAGGAUUUGGUUGGCCAUGCCGGACAACAACCUGGAGGAUCUGCUGCUGCAGGCGGCGGGGCGGACGGGGGCGGGGAAGGGCGGCGGCCAGGCAGCGCGUGGGUCGUCGAGCCAGCGGUGGUCGCAGCAGCGAGGGAAGCGGGGGUCGUCGUACUCCGGGGGGAGCGGCUCGGACGACGAUGAAGCGGGGGACUCCGACGACUCGGACGCCGCGCCGACCCUCUCGAGGAAGCGGCCGCCGUCGGGGUCGCAGGUGCCCCUCAAGAAGAGGCACCAGCCGGAGAAGGGCGGCGGCGGCGGCGGAGGGAGGGGCGGUGGGUGGCAGGAGGGGGACGACGAUGACGAGUUCGACGAGGGGAGGCGCAGCGGCGACGAUUCCGACAGCGCGCCGUCCGUCGGGAGUGACCUGUACAAGGACGAGGAGGACAAGGAGCAGCUGGAGAAGCUGUCGGAGCUGGACAGGGAGAUGAUCCUGGCGGAGCGGAGCGCGAGGAUCGAUGACUACAAGCUGAAGCAGCUGGCGAGGGCGUCGUCGUCAAAGACGGAGAAGUCCCGGAGGGACAGCAGCCCUCCGCCGCCGCUGAGCCGCGCGCGGUCGUCGACCAGGACCGACAGGUCGGCCGCCAAGAGCGCGCUGGACGAGCUGCGGGCCAAGCGGAUGAGGCAGCAGGAUCCGGAGGGGUACCGCAACAGGUUCAAGGAUCUGAUCCCGCAGAGCGGCUCACCCCCAAGGCGCAGGGCUGCGAGCCCUCCCAGUGAUGGUAGUAAUGAUGGUGAUAACAGGGGGAGGACGAAUGACCAUGGGAGGAUUACCGAUGAUACUCGGGACGAUGAGUUUGAUGAGUCGCCCAGUAGGCUUGAUCCUCUGAAGUUUGAUGAUGUGAAGAGUAUUACCCUAAGGAGAUCGAAGCUGGUGAAAUGGUUCAUGGAGCCCUUCUUUGAGGAUCUUGUGUCUGGGUGCUUUGUGCGGCUUGGGAUUGGCAAGACAAAAUCAGGCAUCCCCCAGUACCGGCUGUGCAUAGUUAGAAACGUGGAUGCGAAUGAUCCUGAUCGGCAUUACAAGCUGGAGGGCUACACGACAUGCAAGUACCUCAAUGUUGUGUGGGAUAAUGAGACUACUGCUGCUCGGUGGCAGAUGACUCAAGUAUCAGACUCCUUUCCCACCGAAGAUGAGUUCAAGCAGUGGCUACAAGGGGCUGAGAAGAAUGGUGUGCGCAUACCAACUCGGCAGGAAGUAUUAGAGAAGAAAGAGGCCAUUCAAAAGGCUUACACCUUUGUGUAUUCAGCAGAUACUGUAAAGAAGAUGCUGCGAGAGAAGAAAUCAGCUGUCCGACGUCCUAUCAAUGUCGCUGCAGAGAAGGAUCGGUUGAGGAAUGAGUUGGAGAUGUCCCUGGCCCGGAGGGAUGAAGCUGAAGCAGAAAGGAUCCGUACAAAGCUGAAUCAGCUGCAGAAUAUGUCGCAGCCAAUGUCAAAUAAUGUGAAGGCUGCCAAGUUGGAGGCGAUGAACAGGAAGAACCGAGCUGACAACUUCAAGAACGCAUCUGAAAUGAAGCCUGUUAACACAAGUUUGAAGGCUGGAGAGGCUGGUUAUGAUCCCUUUUCAAGGAGAUGGACAAGAUCAAGAAAUUACUAUGCAGCAAAGCCUGAAGGUGAGAAUGCUGAAGUCCCCAAUGGUGACAGUGCCAGUGCAGUAGCUGGCAAUGAAGAUAAGAAGAAUGGGCCGCGAGGUGGUACAGCAGCCACAGCAGCAGCUCUAGUGGCAGCAGCAGACGCCGGAAAGCUGGUUGAUACCAAUGCGCCUGUAGAUCUGGGAACAGAAUCAAAUGUGCUGCAUAAUUUUGAACUCAGUAUAUCACUGGCUGGUCUGGAAGAAUUCGGCGGUCCCAAGGGUCUCUUUGAUGGUUAUAUGGCCAGGAAGCAGAAGAUAGAAGCAACCAUGGGUUACAAGGUCCCUGACAAUGAUGGAAGGAGGCAUGCUUUAACCCUGACUGUUAGUGACUACAAAAGGCGACGGGGUUUGCUCUGAACUUCUGAGGUUAUCUGUGCCUCUGCUUGCUGUUUGAUGGAUUCAUCUGACUUCUUGGCCACAAGCUCAUCGGCACCACACCAUCGUGUAAACUUGUCCGGAUGAUCACUUGCAUUUGCAUUUUAGCUUUGAGAGUAUAACAGGAUGAGAGAAGCAGAUUACACAUUUUCUUCUCAUAAAUAAGACAUGUAUGACUGAUUUGAGUUGUUGACAUUUUUUCGCGUUUAUAUUUGUGGAGCGUCUUAUUAGUUUAUCCUUGUUGCUCUGCAUAAAACAAGCGAUGUUUAGAGAGUGAUUAGAAAUGUUCUGUUGUACGUGUACACUAUUUAUUUGCCAUGAAAAAGGAAAAAAAAUACUAGUCAAGUUCUUAAUGUUCCUUAAUGGUUUCGAUCAAA